AUGAACCAGUUAAUAACGUAUAACAAUCCGAAUGAUGGUGUAACAUCUCGACGUUAUACAGCUUUUCCACUUAACUCAACUUUAAUUAGUACCUACACCUCAGAUACAAUUCGUAGCAUUAUUAAUCAUGCUACCACUGGAAAACCUUAUACUACGGCUGUUUGGAUUCGUAUUAGUCGAGUUGGAAUCCAAAUAAAAGCACAAGAUCCUCAAAUAGCUCGAACACGUAUACCUGUUUUUAUUCCUAUAGCACAUGUUCAUGAUAUAUUUAUGCAACCAAAUAUAAAUAAUGUUAUUUGUAUUGUUUAUGAAGAAGUUAAAUCUAACAUGAAAGGCGUACUUUUAUAUGUUGUACAUCCAUCGGAUGCACAUUUAAUUCGUGAUGAUUUUCGACAUGUUAAACAAUCAUCUUAUUCAAAAGGUAAUGAAAAUCAAAUUAUAGUUGAUACCAAAUCACCAGAUAAUAAACAAUUAAUAUCUCCAUCAUCUCAAAAGUCUAAUGAUAUUUUUCGUGCAGGUAAAGCUAAUCGACAGCAAUCACCAAGAAGAAUAUUAUAUGUACGUGAUGGUGAUAUAAAUACAACUAGAGAAAAAACACCAUUAUCAGCUCCACCAUUACCACAACUUAGUUAUACACCAUUUAAUAAUAGUUAUCAUAGUAGUCGAGAUGAUAGUGGAGGAUAUCGACGUCAUAAAAGUCCAAGAAAAGUUAAAACUGGAAAUUCAUCAAGUAAAACAGCAAGUGAUAGUGGUAGUAAACAUCGUCAUAAACAUCGAUCACGAUCACCUCAAAAACCUAGUAAACCACAAGAAUCUUCGGAUAAUACUAGCCAAAAAAUAACAAUAGCACAAUCACCCACACCAGUGCAACAGCAGCAACCUCAACAACCUCAGCAACAGCAACAACAGCAACAACAAACACUACUACAGCAACAACAGCAGCAACAGUUACAACAACAACAGUUACUUUUUCAACAACAACAAAUAGCUGCAUGGCAAGCUGCUCAACAAGCACCUGUAGUUCCAAUGGGAAUUUAUAAUCGCUAUGUACCUAAAGUUAUUCCAUUACCAACAGGUGAAAAAAUCAAAACUACACUUUCACCAUCAAAUACAAAUGGUAUGGUUGUUGCUCAUAUUGAAACACAACAGACUGCAACUAGUGAUGGAUAUGAUAAAUCUUCAACACGUUCACGUUCUAUUUCACCCAAACGUUCCGAUCAUCAAUAUCGAAGUCGUCCGUUAAGUGCUGAAAAUGCUGAUGCAUCAGCUAUACUUAUUCAAUCAUCUCAUCAUCGUCAUCAUCAUCAUCGACGUCAUCAAGUAAAUGGUCAUAGUCAUUCAGCAUCCAAACCGGAAUCAAAAAUAUAUAAUACAAUAUCUCAUCCAUCUCGAACACGUUUAAAAUAUGGUCCACCACCAACAAAUAAUAAUAAUAACAAUAAUAAUAAUACUGAUACUGACAAUGAAACUAAACAAUAUUUAAAACGAUUAAUUGAUGAUAUGCAAGCAAUGAAGUUAGAAAUGAAUAAAAUGCGCUUGGCAUCAUCAUCCGUUGGCGGCACAACGCGGGGACGUUCUGAUUCUUUACGAUUGAACUUAAAAGAAUUACGUACUGAUAUAGAUGCUAUUCGUCAACGAAUGGCAAUGACACCGCGAGUUGCGAAGCAAUAA